CUGGUAGAUGUCAGCUUACCUAUUUCAUUUUUGUUUCUUCAGACAACAAGUGAGAAUCAUGCAUUGUAUUCUGUUCCACUUGUACAACUGUUUGCCUGUGUCAGCUGUGAUUUGGCCUGUGAACUCAGUGCUUUUUUCGAUUCUGCAACUCUGGAUACCAUUGGCAAUCUCCCUGUAAAUCUAAUCAGUGAAUGGAAAGAAUUUUUCUCCCAAGGCAUCCACAGUUUGCUGUUACCUCUUUUGGUGACUGUUACAGAAGAAAGUGAAGAUACAUCUGAAACAUCCUUUCAGAAUGCAAUGCUGAAGCCCAUGUGUGAAACACUAACAUAUAUCCCAAAAGACCAGCUGUUAAGUCAAAAACUCCCUUCAAGAUUGGUUGCUGGCCAAAAAACAAACUUACCAGAAUAUCUCCAGACAUUGUUAAAUACGUUGGCCCCAUUACUCCUCCACAGAGCUCGACCUGUGCAAAUUGCUGUUUACCAUAUGCUAUACAAAUUGAUGCCUGAAUUACCACAAUAUGAUCAGGAUAAUCUAAAGUCAUAUGGAGAUGAAGAAGAAGAACCAGCCUUGUCACCACCGGCAGCGUUGAUGUCUCUUCUUAGCACUCAGGAGGACUUGCUAGAAAAUGUUUUGGGGUGUAUUCCUGUUGGACAGAUAGUUACUAUUAAGCCACUGAGUGAAGACUUCUGCUAUGUUCUGGGAUACCUCCUCACCUGGAAAUUAAUACUUACUUUCUUCAAAGCUGCUUCAUCUCAGGUAAAUAAGUACAUGAUAACUUUUGACAGUUAUGUCCUCUGUGUGUUUCUGUUACUGUUCUGAACCCUUUGUUUCCCCCUUUUUGAAAAAAGGAAAAAUGCCUCAUAUUUUAACCUAAUCUUUUCUGGCU